UUCUGGAAUCUGAAGUAGAGAGAGAAGUGAAAGAGUUGAGUUGUCUCAUUUGCUGCGCCUCAUCCUCUCUUCCUUCUUCCUCGACUGAGAUAGCAAGCAGAGAAGUAGUUUCUUCUUCUUCUUCUUCUUCUUCAGCGGCAGUCAUACUUAUUUUAAGCAAAAACAUCAAUAACCCUAUCUUUUAACAGAAUUUUGUAAUGGCGAUUAUACCUUGUGGUAAUACUUGGGCACCCCAAUGUGGGAUCCGACCUCAAUCUAUGAUGAAGUCAUAUGUUUCAAACAAGUCGCUGACACCCCAAUACAAUGUCCACAGGGUAAAAUGCCUGGCAGCACCAGCUUCAAGCUUAUUCUCUAAUGGCUCCUUGUCUGCAUUAUUUAAUACCGGGCCAUCUCAAAAUCUACAACAACGUAGAGGAGCAAGACUUGUUGUUAGAGCUGAUAGGGACUAUUAUUCUGUCCUAGGGGUGUCAAAAAGUGCUAGCAAAGCUGAAAUAAAGACUGCAUAUCGAAAGCUUGCUAGGACUAACCAUCCAGAUGUUAACAAAGAACCUGGGGCAGAAGCAAAAUUUAAAGAGAUCAGUAAUGCUUACGAGGUGUUAUCUGAUGAUGAAAAACGGUCCUUAUAUGAUAGGUAUGGAGAGGCAGGGCUUAAAGGUGCUGGUGCAGGAAUGGGGGAUUUCAGCAAUCCAUUUGAUCUUUUUGAGUCGUUGUUCGAGGGUAUGGGUGGUGGAAUGGGCGGUAUGGGAGGCAUGGGUGGAGGUAGAGGUUCAAGAAAUAGAGCAAUGGAGGGUGAGGAUGAGAUUUAUAAUCUAGUUUUGAAUUUCAAAGAAGCGGUUUUCGGGGUUGAGAAGGAGAUUGAGAUAACCCGACUCGAGAGCUGUAAUACCUGUAAUGGAUCGGGAGCCAAACCUGGAACCCAGCCAAGUAGAUGUAGUACAUGUGGGGGCCAAGGCCAGGUAAUCUCCUCAGCAAGAACUCCUUUAGGUGUCUUCCAGCAGGUUAUGACUUGUUCAUCUUGUGGUGGUACCGGGGAGUUGUCCACCCCAUGUAAUACAUGUUCUGGGGAUGGACGUGUAAGGAAGACGAAACGUAUUAGUCUGAAAGUUCCAGCAGGUGUGGAUGCUGGUAGUCGGUUAAGGGUUCGAUCAGAAGGAAAUGCCGGAAGAAGAGGAGGCCCUCCAGGCGAUCUUUUUGUCAUAAUAGAUGUUCUCCAGGACUCGGUUCUAAAACGUGACGACACCAAUAUUCUUUACACAUGCAAAAUUUCAUAUUUUGAUGCUAUUCUAGGAACAAUGAUUAAGGUUCCAACAGUUGAUGGUACCGUAGAUUUGAAAAUCCCAGCGGGUACCCAACCUGGCACAACUUUGGUGAUGGCGAAAAAAGGUGUUCCUGUACUAAAUAAAAACAACAGGAGAGGUGAUCAAUUGGUGAGAGUUCAAGUUGAUAUCCCUAAAAGGCUGAGCAGCGAAGAGAAGAAAUUGGUCGAAGAACUCUCAAAUCUUAACAAGGCCAAACCUGCAAACAGUAGAAGAUAGUUGAGGGAUUCAUCUCUCUUUUCUUUUCAUAAUACCGAUGCUACUGUUUCAAGUGCUCCUAAUUCUUUCUUAGGGCGUGUGAAAGUUAUAUUGGGCAUGAAAAUGAGGGGAUUCAGAAAGUGUUUCCUUGAUCAGUUUUGGCCGUGGAGGAAGCAGUUACUGUUCAGUAGGUCAAUUAUUCUUGGGUUAACAGUGGUCCUAUAAAAAUGAUGUAUAAUCAAGAGAAUGAGAAAAAGAUGAAGAGAAUUUUGGGGAUACUUGAUUGCUUUUCAUUUCUAUAUAAUCUUGUCUUUGAUUAUAACAGAGUCUUCUUGGUUUUGACCUAUAUUGGAUUAUUUCUUGAUUGAAGUAGUUAUUAAACAAAUUCAGCAUCGUA